GCUGCCUUUCAGCACUAACAGCAACUUCAAGAAGCCUGUGGAAUACUCUCUCACAGCUGACUCUACUUUAACUGCUUCAUCACUCGAGUGCAUUAUAUCUGCAUUUACUGGUGCCAGUCAAAAUGAAAUUCAUCAUCCAGUCUUUCCUCUAUGGCUGUCUGCUGACCACCAUUGCACAGAGCGUAGAUGGAUUCAAACUUGAAAUGAGUCCAGAGCUCAAAAAGAGGUUGAGCAUAUGGAUGCAGAAUAGAUGGAGACGAGACCUGAACAGUUUGUCCGCUGAGAGGACAAGAGAGUCUAUACAGUUGGUCAGACCAGAAGACAUCAGGGACAACUUGCUUCCUCAUUCCAGCACUGACAUCAGCAUUCGUACCAAGAGGUCCAAGCAGUCUGUGAACCAAGCCAGGAGACCAGGCUGCUCUCUGGGCACGUGCACAGUGCACGACCUGGCCCACCGCAUCCACCAGCUCAACAACAAGCUAAAGAUUGGUAGUGCACCCAUCGACAAGAUCAGCCCCCAGGGCUACGGCCGUAGGCGUCGCUCUCUACCUGAGCGCAGAGUAGCACUAAAGCUGGAGGGGGGCAGGCUGAGGCCUGUGUGGGGUAACACAGACUCUCAGGUUCACAAGCUGGAUGCGCUGCUCAGACGGACAUGAGCCGGAAGCAGCAUGCUUUCUGCCCUGUUCUAAAAUUCUCCAAAUGCCUCUGAAUUCUGCUAAUGUUUGCCAAAAAGCACAUAAAGUGCCCAGGCUGCGGCACCUCUGUAAGCUGGACUCGGCAGAGGCAUCGCGACGCAGAGCGCCAAAACAAAUGCAGCUGGUCUACCGGCACUGCCUAAGAGAGGGAGAGGAGAGCAGCAGUGUGGAGGACGGUGCGCUCCCUGCGCUGGGAGCAGAGUGAAGUACGGACAGAGGUACAGACCCAGAAGAAGAGACCAUUGGGUAAAUAAUGGGACUUCAUAUGCUCCUUCUGCAAACCCUGGACUUGAGUUUUACUUUGUGGAUUACAGGAGUCAAUUUCACCAAGCCGUCUAUAUUCGUCUGCACUUUUCAGUACAAGCCUUAUCAAAGAAAAUCUUUUAAGUGGACCUGAAAGACAUCUGAUCCAUGUCAAACAACUAAGAAAUAUGGAGAUGGACUUCUAAUACAGAGCUAUGAGGAUAACACUUUUUUUGGACACUGUAUAAGGGAAAGGGUUUAGAGAUUAAAUAGCUGUCCCGUCCACAAUGGAUUGAACUAUACUUGAAUAUGUUUUGUAUUAACACGUGCAAUCUAUAUAUGUAUAUUUUUAUUUACCAGUUCAUGUCUAUAAGUUAAAAUAUUUCAGAUAUCAUUAUUUAAGAAAUUAUAUAGGUUACAUUCCACUAUGGAGAUAAAAACUAUUUUUUUACAAGAAAUUAUAUGGGCAUUUUAGCUAUUUGUUGUUUCCUUUAUUGUUUGCAUCAUGGAUGUUAUAUGUCAUACUGUGGUAAUAGAUAGGAUAACUGAUGUAUAUGUCAUAAUAUAUUUGUAAAUGUGGUGUAUUUCAUUUGUGUCAAAGUGAUUAAGAUUGUCAUACAAUAAACAUUUUG